AUGUCCAUCCCACGACUGGAGCUGCAGGCAGCGGCCCUUGGAACCAGAGUGAUGAAUACUGUCAAGGAAGAACACAGUGUGGACAUCAGCGAGACGGUUUUAUGGACGGACUCAAAAACGGUGCUGAAAUGGAUCGGUAGCACCCACCGCCGGUAUAAGCAGUUUGUUGGCAACCGAGUGGCGGAGAUUUUGGAGUCAUCGAAGGUUUCCCAGUGGAGAUGGGUACCUACAGCUGACAACGCAGCGGAUGAUGCGACGCGGUCGCAGAGCAAGGCGGACCUUAGCCCGGAAUCCCGGUGGCUAAGCGGUCCCGCAUUUUUGAGGCAGCCAGAAAGCGGCUGGCCAACGCCUGAGAAGGGAACCGAGCAUGUUCCAGAUGCACCUGACGAGGAGGAGAUGCCCGAGAUUCUAGAGCUUCAGUCGCCUGGUGAGGACCACCGUCUGGGUCCUGAGGUUUGCGCGACGGUGCCGCAAACAGAGAAGCGAGCUCAGGAAUAUGGACUCACUGCAACGGAGUGUGAGGCCGCGGAGAACCUGUUAAUCAGGCAGGCCCAAUUGGAGUCGUUUCCCGACGAGAUGAGGUCGGCGGAACGCGGAAAGGACGUCGCCAACUCGAGCGAGAUUCGAAGUCUGGCGCCUUACGUGGACAAGUAUGGAGUUCUGCGAGUUUAUGGCAGAGUCGAUGCCGCGCUGUCCAUGCCAUACAGUGCGAGGAGGCCUGUGAUACUGUCACACAGGCAUAGUCUUACGGAGAUGGUAGUAAGACACUACCACGCCCAGAUGAAGCUUCAAAACGUGGAUGCGACGAUUGCCCAGAUCCGGACGAGAUUCUGGGUCACCAAGAUAAGACGAGUGCUGAAGGAGAUAAUCUCGUCGUACAACGUGUGCAAGCUGCAACGGACGCGGCCGAUACCGCCGAUAAUGGGACCCCUUCCAGAGGAUCGCUUUGAAGCUGGAGGAUGGCCAUUCAAGUACACAGGACUGGACUACUUUGGGCCACUGCUGGUGACCGUUGCCCGUCACAGAGAGAAGCGUUGGGUCGCCUUGUUCACAUGCUUGACGACAAGGGCAAUUCAUCUGGAGCUGGCGCAUGACCUGUCAACGGAUUCCUGUAUAAUAGCAAUCAGGAACUUCGUCUGCCGUAGUGGACCAGUACGUAAACUGCGGAGUGACAACGGCAAACACUUCGUGGGAGCUGACAGGGAGGCCAGACGAUUUGGAGACGUGUUCGAGACGGAAAGGAUACAGAGUGAGUUAUCCAACAGGAGCAUUGAGUGGGUUUUUAAUUGCCCAUCCAACCCGUCUGAGGGCGGAGUAUGGGAGCGGAUGGUGCAGUGCGUCAAGCGAGUGCUGCGCCAUACCCUGAUGGAAGUCGCGCCGAGGGACCAUGUGUUGGAGAGUCUACUCAUAGAGGCAGAGAACAUAGUCAACUCGCGUCCGCUCACCAACUUGCCAGUGGAUGCGGACCAGAAGGCGCCGUUGACGCCAAACGACCUGCUCAAGGGAGUAGCUAACCUGCCAGAUACGCCUGGAUUGGAUGCGAAGCUGCCCAAGGAGGGUUCUACGCGAAAGCAGUGGAGGAUUGCCCGCAUGCUGCGAGACCGUUUCUGA